AUGGGAAAGAAAGCCAUUCAGUUCGGCGGUGGUAACAUCGGUCGUGGCUUUGUUGCCGAGUUUCUCCACGAGGCCGGCUAUGAGGUCGUCUUCGUUGAUGUCAUGGAUGCGGUCGUCUCCGCUCUCCAAACAACCCCCUCCUAUAACGUCACCGAAGUCAGCAAAGAUGGUGAGAACACCAAGACUAUCUCCAACUAUCGCGCCAUUAACUCCAAGACCAACGAGAGUGACGCUGUCAAGGAGAUCGCCACGGCUGAUGUAGUCACCUGUGCUGUCGGCCCCAACAUCCUCAAGUUCAUUGCUCCCCUCAUCGCCAAGGGUAUCGACGCUCGUACCGAGUCCAAGCCGGUGGCCGUCAUCGCCUGUGAGAACGCCAUUGGCGCCACCGAUACCUUGCACGGCUUCAUCAAGGAGCACACCCCCAAGGAUCGCCUGGACACUCUGUAUGACCGCGCUCGCUUUGCCAACUCCGCCAUUGACCGCAUCGUUCCAAACCAGCCCCCCAACAGUGGUCUGAACGUGCGCAUUGAAAAGUUCUACGAGUGGGCUGUUGAGCAGACCCCCUUCGGUAGCUUUGGUCACCCCGACAUUCCCGCCAUCCACUGGGUCGACAACCUGGAGCCGUACAUCGAACGCAAGCUGUUCACCGUCAACACCGGCCAUGCCACCACGGCCUACUACGGUCAUCUCCGCGGUAAGAAGAUGAUUGCUGACGCUCUUGCCGACGAUGAGAUUCGCAGCAUGGUGCACAAGGUCCUCGACGAGACUGCCUCGCUGAUCGUUUCCAAACAUGGCAUCCCCGAAGACGAACAAAAGGAAUACGUCGACACCAUCAUCGGCCGCAUGUCCAACCCCUAUCUCGAAGACAACAUCGAGCGUGUCGGCCGUGCUCCCCUUCGCAAGCUGUCGCGCAAGGAACGCUUCAUCGGUCCCGCCUCUCAGCUCGCCGAACGCGGUCAGAAAUUCGACGCCCUCGUGGAUGCCAUCGAAAUGGCCCUCCGCUUCCAGAACGUGCCGGGCGACCAAGAGAGCGCCGAUCUUGCCCAGAUCCUCAAGCAGAAGUCGUCUGAGGAUGCCACUUCUGAACUGACGGGCCUGGAGAAGGACCAUCCGUUGUACUCGCCCGUCUUGGAGCGGGUGGCCAAGGUCCAACAAGAUACCAAGUAG